AUGGUGCCGUCAAUACCAGAUCGAAGACUCUCUCUGGACCUCCUAGAACGUCAAACAAAUGAUUCUGACCUGAAGAUUGAUUUGGGCCAAGCGGCAGAUCUCUAUAGUGGCACCAAAGUGUCCAUGGAAAAUGCUGAACUGUUAGUAGCCCUCUAUGACGCUCAUGGCCCCAUGAUAUUGACACCCAAGGUUUGGAGGAAUCUUGAAAGCAUGUUUCGUUCCGAGUUUUCAGCUGCUGCCAUCCCCAACCAUGAUUUCGCAAGGGAUCCUCUUUUCUUUAUCGCUAGAAAAGUUGAGCCUGUCCGUGAUUUUUUAAUUGAUGAACUCUUCUCCAAACUUGGGUCGGAAGAUGAGUUUGUCUUUGAGAGUGCCCUGACAUUCUUGUACCAAAUGUUUUUGACUGGAGAUGUGCCAAUCAGAGGCUGCGAAUUAGAUGUGCUAUACGAGCUUCUAUCACACCAAAAUAUAAGAUUGGCGGAUACCGUAGCGCGAAUUUUGGUGUCCAGUACUAAAUAUGCUUGCUCAAGAGUCUCACUGUCGUCCUGGUGGUCCAUAAUCAAGAAUUGCGUUGUCGAUCGGCCUCAGAUAGCGUAUAAAGCUUGGAUUGGCUGGGUGCUCAGUGAGAGCGAAUUCACAAAAGGCGAAGAGUUUAAAGCUCUGUUGAAAAAAGAUAAGUAUUGGAGGCUCUUACGAGAAGGUAUCUCUAUUGGUAUGAAAUCCUGUGAACGAACAAAAUACUGCCUCCAAAUCCUGUCUGCAAGCUUGAAAGAGCUCGACUUUGAUCUCGAUUUGGAGGAAAUGGCUUGGAGAUCCGGCGAAAAGACAACUUAUCUUAACAGUUGGUCUCGCUAUGUCGCUCUGAUCGAGAUUCUUUGUAUCGAUUCUUCACUCAAUCAGGCAGAGGACUCUGCAGACGAUAUCGUCGCAUUUCUGCACCCCCAGUCAGUUAUCCCUUCGAUUUGGGCAGUGACUCUCUUUGAAGCUGGCUUGACAUCUAAUAUCCGAGACUUUGUCUACAAUCUCGUGCUAGAACUAGGUGAGCCACUGAAAACAUUCAACAUCUCUCCUCAGUUUUUAGCAAGAAAACUUAUCCCUUGUGCAUUGCAAGCUUCCAACUUUGUGGUCGAAGAAGGACGGUGUGUUUACAAAGAUAAGGUAUUUUCUUUUAUCGAGAGACUCUGUUGUGCUCUUGAAAGAGAACAGAUGAACAUCUUUAUCAAAGAGUUAAUGGAGGAAUUUUCAGAGAGCGUUCGACAAUACGAAGCACCACGAGUUGUUCUCACGAAUGCUCUAGUUUCAUCUAUCCGGUGUAUACUAGAGUUUGAUGCUCUUUUGAGCGUAGCUGUAUAUGGAGGCUGCGCACUACUAGGCUACAAAUCUGAAGCUAUGGGCAGACUUUUGUUACACAAUUGUACAAAUAUUAUUAUUAGAGGCGCUGAUACGACCCUCAUUACUGCUGAACAAGCUCUGAAGUUGGUAGAUAAGCUUGUCAUUAAUGGUGUUCAGACCGUUGACUUGAAAUCUGUGGCUCAAUGGAUGCCCAAUGCAUGGCUCCCAGUUUUGGUAGAAAAGUCUGGGCUAAAACCAGCCUAUUCGAUUCUUUAUGCCCUAAAGGAUAGUGAUAGUUUCACUUUGGGUGCCGAUGUAGUCGACGUGGACAAGGUAAUACUUUACUUGCAUUCUGAAAUGAAUCUUGCGAGCUCACCUGCUGUGAACCAUCUCGCACAAAAGCUUUCCGAUGGUCUAUACUUAUCAGAGUCAGAGUUCGAUGCUUUGAGUCUUUACCCAAACACUAACAUUUCUGUUCCUCCUCCCAUUGGCGAUACACUGGUUCAAAUGCUACCUUACCUCCAAGCCUCGAGUCUUGUGGCACCACUUCCAACCAACGCUCUGAUUAGGCUCCUAGUUGAAAAGGCUGACAUGACGGGCUAUAUGAAUUGUGAAAUGAGGUCGUUACACUGCCGCAGUAUCAGACAUGUUUUUGAUCAGAUUGAGGCUGUGCCCGCGGAAGAAUGGCCACUUUUAGUUGAGCUGGCUAAACGAGCAUUCUCACACGACGAGUUCGAACCAAGAAUCGCGGCACUUAGAUGCUUGUCGCGCUCCAUGGAUAGCCUUAGUGCUGAAGAAGUGGAUUCAGAGAAUCUUGCCUCAGCUUUAUCGUCUAUCUGGCACGCGUUCAAGGAAGAAAAACUCCGGGCUUCAGAACACUUUGUGCAUAUUCAAUUUAUAAAAGUCCUCACGAAGCCAAAAACUGUACGUUCGCGCAAUACUGAAGAUUUGGAAGCGAUUGCCUUGGAUAUCAUGGAUGAGAGCUAUGCUCGCCGAGAUCUUUUGCCCCAGUUGAUCCGCGGGCUAGUAGCGACUCCUUGCCUUUGGGUAUCUCGAGUCGCAGCAGCAGGGUUCUGUUUCCUACAGACCAAUAUGCAAUCGUUUCAUCUGGAGACUCUUCUUGCAAACGAAUCUGGUAACUAUCAUGCCUUCUGGCCGCUAUCAGAAAAAGCUGCAAAAGUUUUUGCCUUCGAUUACUUUUCCAAAGGAUACGAUGCCGUGGAAAUCACUAUUUACCUUUUGCAUGAUCAGCGGUUCGCUUUAUUACAACCUGGAAAGAGGCAUGAUGGAGACGAAGAAAGAGUUCGGAUACUCGGUUUCCAAUUGCUAACUUUGAUGUCAAAGUUCUGGGGUGAUUCCCUUGCCGUGAGCAUAGCCAGGACUCUUUUGGAGAAAGCCGUCGAUCUCGAGCCUUCGCCUUCAGCUCGUAUACACGUCGAGUGGAUCAUAGCGCUAGUGAUCUCAAGGCAACCUACACAAUUAAUUGAUGAGUUUGUGUUGAAACCACUAGAAAACACUCUGGCCCCGCGCCACGUAUCUUCUCUUGGUCGGAUUGGCCUUUUGGUAGGUAAGGAGGUCACGAAGGAACUGAAGCCCGAGUUUUAUCAGAAAUAUCUGGAUGUUAUGAUUCCGUUGUCGUCCAGUAACCGAGCUCCAGUUCGGCAUUUUGCAGUUGCUAUGAUAUACGUUAUCUUCCUGGACCAGAAUUUGCGAGAUUGUAUUCACCCGCUGAUGCUAAAGCUUGUCGAUGGAAUCGCGUCUUGCGCAGCAUCAGUUGAGAACUUCAAAGAGUUCAGAAACGGCGACGACUCCGUGUGGUCAAUUUCCAAAUGUUUUACAUUCACAAGUAUCUGUGGUGGUGUUUCUAGUCGCAUCACUGGAAGGGUUCUGAAGGAUAGAUUGUAUAAAGCAGAUUUCGAGGAGGAACUCGGAACCCGAUCUUACGCGGACGAGGAUGUUACUGACUUGCGUCCUAUAAAGGCAUUCCAUGAUAUCUCUAUGAUUAGAGACGCAAUUCGCGUAACCAAUGAAAACAUUCAAACUAAGAGUGGCUCUUUUGAUGGAUUGCAGCCCUUGCAGCGAUCAGGACUGAUUGUUGUAGCUACUCUCUGCGACAAGCCCACAAACCUUGGUGGCAUCUGCCGGCUUUGCGAUGCUCUGGGUGCCAAACUCAUGACACUGAAUGAUAUCUCUGUGUCCAAACAUCCCCAGUUCAAAAAUACUGCUGUUACCGCUGACAAGUGGAUGCCUAUGUUACAAGUGCCCGAGAACCGCUUACUCGAGUACUUGGAAGAAAAGAAGCAGGAGGGCUAUACACUUGUGGGCAUUGAACAAACCGAUAAUAGUCGCACGCUCAGACCUGAUCUGAAGUUUCCUGUGAAAACCGUUCUGGUUAUGGGCAAAGAGCGCGAGGGUAUCCCAGGCGAGGUUUUGGCACAUCUUGAUUUCUGCGUGGAGAUAGAGCAGUUUGGUGUGGUGCGAUCUAUGAAUAUCCAAACAGCAACCGCCAUUUUGGUAAAUGCAUAUAACAACCAGCAUUAA